AUGAUAUACUUGACAAAUGUGAAUAAGGACGAUGAACCGACCACGCAGGUUUGGCUGAACGACACUCACGCCCAUCACUGUAAUAGAUUGAGGAGAACUGACGGACAGAUUUUCAAACCUAAAUUUGAAAAAGAAGACACUAUUUAUACGUUUGAACCGCAACUUUGCAGAUAUGUAUUCUAUCGUCACUGGAAGGAGAGUGUCGUGAAAGGCAUCGACACCUAUAGGUUUCGAGUGCCGCCCGAAUACUUUCACAGUCCGCUCGUUAACAGCGAUAACGCGUGUUAUUGUAACCGAAAUAUAACGCUAUGCGACCGAAAUGGUGUGUUAGAUAUUUCUCACUGUCAAUACCAAACACUCGGCGCACCCCUUAUAAUGUCUAAUCCCUAUUGGAAUAAUGGCGAUCGCAGUCUUCGCAAACAGUUUAAGUCAGAGCUAAUGGCGCGCAACGAAUUGAAUGAUGAGAAUUAUGGCACUUAUCUCGAUAUUGAACCGGCUGAGGGCCUUAGCCCUCAGCUAACUAUACAAUUCAGACUUUAA